AAGAAACGUUUGGAAAAUAUUUAUUACCAAAGUUUCGUAUUUUAUAUAUAAUAUAAAAGAAUAAGUGAUAAAAGUAUAUUAAUAAAAAUAAAUUAAUUUAAACAUUUUUACAUGAAAUUAAAAUAAAAUUAAUUUCAAACAAAAUUUUUAAUUCUAAAUAUUAAAGUGUAAAUAUUUGUGAAUCAAAGAGGUUAUGUUGUUGUUGUAUCAUUUUUAUAAACUUAGAUAUAAAGAAUAUUAGAAUAAAAUAAAAAAAAAUUUUUUUAAAUUUUGUAAUCAAAAUAUACAAAUAUGCCCACUUGGAAUCAAAUUCAAGCUCAACUUCGAAAUCCAAAUAAUCCAGUGGUGUUUUUCGAUGUAUCCGUGGGUACUACAGAAAUCGGACGAAUGAUUUUUGAACUCUUCGAAGAUGUUUGUCCAAAAACAUCAGAAAAUUUUCGGCAAUUUUGCACUGGAGAAUAUAGAAAAGACGGUGUACCUUUGGGUUUUAAAGGUGCCAUAUUUCAUAGAGUCAUUAAGGACUUCAUGAUCCAGGGUGGUGAUUUUGUAAAUGGUGACGGUACUGGAGUUAUAAGCAUCUAUGGUGGUGGAACCUUUCCUGAUGAAAAUUUUACAUUAAAACAUGACUCACCUGGAUUAUUAUCCAUGGCCAAUAGUGGUAAAGAUACUAAUGGUUGUCAAUUUUUCAUCACAUGUGCCAAGUGUAAUUUCUUGGAUGGUAAGCAUGUUGUUUUUGGAAGAGUUAUCGAUGGACUUCUAGUUAUGAGAAAGGUAGAGAAUGUUCCCACAGGGCCAAACAAUAAACCAAAAAUUCCUGUGACAAUAUCUCAAUGUGGACAAAUGUAAUAAUUUAAAUAAUUGUAAUUUUUUUAUGUAAGUUAGACAUAAAAUGCUUAUAUAAACAUUUCAUAAUUCUUAAAAA